AUGAAGCUUGUUCGGAUCAUUGCGCUCCUAUCUAUCGCCACCAAUUGUGGAGUGAGCGCUUGGACCAAACCCAAGCUAUUUGUCAAGAAGAAUGCCCCAUGGAAGCGAGGACCUGUAAAAGUUGCCACCCCUGCUCCUCUCAAGGCUGAAGCUGAUGUUGUCGAAGAACCUCAAAAGACAAGAUUCGAUUUGCCAGAACGUCAAAAGCUAUUCAAGGCAGCCACUUCGGGUCUAGCCGUUAGUCUCGCCAUGGUCCCCGAGGCUGUCGCCUUUGCCUUUGUGGCUGGUGUCAAUCCCUUGGUCGGUUUGUGGACGACUGUUGUUCUUGGAUUUACCGCCGCCACUUUAGGAGGGCGUCCUGGAAUCUGUUCCUCCGCCUCGGGAGCUGUGAGUGUCGUCAUUGCCUCUUUAUGUGCCUCGCAUGGACCAGCGUACCUGAGUGUGUGUGCCAUGAUGGCUGGUAUUUUUCAAAUCUUGGCCGGAUCCUUUGGCCUUGGAAAACUGAUCACACUAGUACCCCAUCCCGUCAUGCUGGGAUUUGUCAAUGGAUUGGCCGUAGUUAUGACCAAAGCCCAACUGGUGCACUUUCAAUCUGGAGGAAAGUUCCUGUCCCUCUUGGAUCCAGUUGGAGCUAGUACCUAUGGCAUUGCCGCCUUGACCAUGGUGUUGGUCAAACUAAUUCCCAAAUUGACAAAGGCCGUCCCACCAUCUUUGGGUGCAGUGACCAUUGCCAGCAUAGUGGUCCGCUUCUUUUCGCUUCCCACCAAAACACUAGCCGAUAUUGCCGGAGCUUCCACCUUUGCCGGCGGUUGGUCCGUCCUUCCAAAGAUUGGGUUGCCCAAGGUCCCGUUUACCGCCGAGACCUUUGGGAUUGUCCUUCCAUAUGCGCUUACCAUGGCAGCAGUUGGAUGUUUGGAAUCUCUCUUGACAAUGCAAAUAUUGGAUGGACUCGUUGACGAUGGUACCAAGGGAUCCGGCAAACGCGAAUGUGUGGGUCAAGGCACGGGCAACAUCUUGUCAGGAUUGACCGGAGGCAUUGGUGGAUGCGCCCUUUUGGGACAGAGUAUCAUUAACGUCCAAAGUGGUGGUGGCAUUUCUCGCUUUUCUGGAAUGAGCAUGGCCAUAUUUUUGGCCAUUGGCAUUGUCGCCGCUGCUCCACUUUUGGCCUCUGUGCCCAUUGCUGCCUUGGUUGGCGUCAUGCUGUUGGUUUGCCAGUCCACUUUCAGCUGGUCGUCUCUCCGAUUGAUCCGAAAGAUUCCAAAAUUGGACGUCUUGGUGAUUGCUCUAGUUAGUGUCCUUAUGAUUCAAAAGGACUUGGCCGUUGCUGUCUUUGCUGGAAUCGUCAUUAGUGCUUUGGGAUUUGCCUACCAACAAUCACAGACCUUGACAACCACUUCGUCAGGAGACGCCAAUAAGAAGACUUACCGUUUGAGUGGUCCAGUCUUUUUCGGAUCCACCUCGGAAUUUUCGAGUCUAUUUUCCAGCAAGACGGAUCCUUCCACCGUGGUAUUGGACUUUAGCAAUUCCAAACUUGCCGACCACUCAGCGGUAGAUGCCGUCUAUGGCUUGGCCGAAAAGUAUACUGAUUUGGGCAAGACUGUCGUUCUUCAAGGACUUUCCAAAGAAAGUACUAUCCUAUUGCUGAAAUUUGUCAAAGGCAAGUCCAAGUUGCCAUUUCAAAUUGCCGGAUCUAUUGAUGGAUUGGUCCCUUCCGCGGUGCCACAAUAA